AAAUUGGGUGAACUUUGAUUGUAUUGAAUACAACUAGACAGAUUCACAGAAUCUCAUCACCUACAAUUUUAAAUGAAUCCUUACAAAUGUCUAACAACUAUCGAUCGAUACGAAGAUAAACAUGCAGAUAAUCCAGACACGGGUCAAAUAUAAAUAACCACGUGUACUCAACAUGCAAAUAUUGCAAAUUAGGAGACCACGGCAGCAAAAAACCCAGUGCCCCAAAAAGUAAAUCUGCAGUUGUGAAGGGCACGGGCGCUUAUUUUCACUUGUUUAAUUUAAUUAAUAUUUUAUUUUUUCCCCUAGCGAAGGAGCUAUUUCUCGCUUCAUUGUUCGAAACAACAAAAGAAGGAAAAAAUUACAAAGAAGCCCCAAAUUCAGAAACACCCCGAGAAAACACACACACACACGCAGUGAAUGCUCCAGUUGAGAAAUUUCCGCGCUCUCGUGUGAAGAAAUUCGCUGAAUUUUAGUUUCCAUGGCCGAGGAGCUGGAGCAGAAGCUGAGAGCACUGGGAUCGAACUUGGAGAGUCUCCCUGCUUCAAAAGACGCUCUCAUUAAGCACUUGAAGCAAGGUUUGACAUGCCUAUCUGAAUUAGAUCAGUCACCACCAGAAUCAGUGCUGCAGUCUAUGCAGCCUUUCUUGAAUGCAGUUGUCAAGCCAGAACUUUUGAAACAUCAUGAUCGAGAGGUAAAGCUCUUCGUAGCUGCAUGUAUCUGUGAAAUAACUCGAAUUACUGCACCCGAGGCUCCUUUCGACGAUGAUGCAUUAAAGGAUAUCUUUCAGUUGAUUGUGAGUACUUUCAGUGGCUUAAGUGAUACAAACGGCCCAUCAUUUGGAAGGAGAGUUGUUAUUCUUGAAACUUUGGCAAGAUACAGGUCAUGUGUUGUGAUGCUGGAUCUUGAAUGUGAUGAUCUCAUAUGUGAAAUGUUCAAUACUUUCUUCGCUGUUGCAAGAGACGAGCAUCCUGAGAAUGUCUUGACUUCAAUGCAAACAAUCAUCGAGCUUCUCUUAGAAGAAAGUGAGGAUAUACAAGAGAAUCUUAUACUCACUUUGUUGUCUGUUUUAGAUCGUGAUAAUAAGGAUGUGACUGUUGCUGCAAGAAAGGUUGCUAUGAAUGUAAUAGAGCAUUGUGCUGGAAAAUUGGAAUCUGGCAUAAAGCAGUUUCUUGUAUCUUCAAUGUCUGGAGACAACAAGUCCCUGAAAUCUGAGAUUAAUUACCAUGGCGUAAUUUAUAAUAUCUUUCACUGCGCUCCUCAAAUCUUAUCAGGAGUUGUUCCUUUUCUUACCGGAGAGCUACUGAGCGACCAAUUAGACAUUCGUUUGAGGGCAGUGGGUUUAGUCGGUGACCUCUUUGCUCUGCCUGGAUCUAAUACUGGAGCAUUCCAGCCAGUCUUUUCGGAGUUUCUGAAAAGGCUCACUGAUAGAGUGGCAGAGGUCAGAAUGUCUGUCCUUGAGCAUGUCAAAAGUUGUCUUCUUGUGAAUCCAUUCAGACCUGAAGCUCCUGAAAUAAUCUCUGCACUUUGUGACCGAUUGUUGGACUACGAUGAAAAUGUUCGUAAACAAGUCGUCUCUGUGGUUUGUGAUGUGGUAUGUCAUGCCCUCACAUCCAUACCUGUUGAAACCAUCAAGCUGGUUUCUGAACGCCUUCGAGACAAAUCUCUGUUGGUUAAAGGGUAUACGAUGGAGAGGUUAGCUGACAUAUACAGAUUAUCUUGCAUGAAUCGGUCCAGUGGCUCAAUAGAGGAUGAUGACUAUAAUUGGAUUGUCGGAAAGAUUUUGAGAUGCUUCUACGAUAAAGAUUUCAGAUCAGAUACAAUUGAACGCAUCCUAUCUCUAUCCUUGUUCCCGGCUGGUUUUUCUGUCAAAGAUAAGGUGGCGAAGUGGGUUGGUAUUUUCUCUGGGUUCGACAAAAUUGAGGUCAAGGCUCUUGAGAAGAUACUAGAGCAGAAGCAAAGGUUACAACUGGAGAUGCGCAAGUACCUUUCUCUGAGACAGUUGCCUGAGGAAGGUGACGGCGCGGAGACCCAGAAGAGAGUAAUCUUUUGCUUUCGUGUUAUGUCUCGCUGUUUUACGGAUCACGUAGAGGCAGAGGAAUAUUUUCAGAUUCUUGACCAGUUAAAAGAUUCCAACAUUUGGAAACUUUUGAGGCAACUUCUUGAUCAAAAUACUAGUUCUGUCCAAGCCAGUAGUUCGAGGGAUGAUCUGCUAAGAAUCCUUGGUGAAAAGCAUCGACUCUAUGAGUUCCUAAGCACUCUCUCUUUGAAAUGCUCUUAUCUACUAUUCGACAAGGAUCAUGUCAAAGCAAUUCUUCUGGAGGCUGGUUUACAGAAAUCUUCUGGAAAUAAUGAAUUAAUUUUGUCGUGCAUGACCAUUCUUGUGAUUCUUGCUCGAUUUUGUCCUUUACUUCUUGGUGGGAUUGAAGAAGAUUUGGUGCAUCUUCUUGAGGAUGAGAAUGAAAUAAUAAAGGAGGGUGCUCUGCAUAUUCUUGCAAAGGCUGGGGGUACUAUCCGAGAACAACUGGGAGUUGCAUCAAAAUCAUUAGAUCUGAUUCUGGAGCGCAUAUGCUUUGAGGGUAACCGAAGACAGGCCAAGUAUGCUGUUCAUGCCCUGGCAUCGAUAACAAAAGAUGAUGGACUCAUGUCACUCUCUGUUCUAUACAAGAGGCUAGUUGAUAUGCUUGAAGAAAAGGCACAUUUACCGGCUGUAUUGCAAUCUCUUGGAUGCAUAGCACAAGCUGCUAUGCCAGUCUUUGAAACAAGAGAAAGUGACAUCGAGAAGUUCAUAAAGGAAAACAUACUGGAGCAUGGACAUAAAUUGCAGGUAACAGGGGAUGAAGCACCUGAUAGUUGGGAUGAUAGAAGUGAACUUUGUUCUUUAAAGAUUUUUGGGGUUAAAGCACUGGUCAAGAGCUACCUACCUAUCAAGGAUCCUCACCUUCGUUCUGGAGUUGAUGGCCUAAUUGAAAUCCUCAAGAAUAUACUCUCUUUUGGUAAUAUCUCAAGAGAGAUAGAAUCAAGUUUAGUUGACAGGGCUAAUUUGAAGCUUGCUGCAGCAAAAGCUGUUCUUCGUUUAUCAAAGCACUGGGAGCACAAAAUUCCUAUUGACGUCUUUUAUCUUACAUUGAGAACUUCAGAGGACAAUUUUCCUGAGGUAAAGAAAUUAUUACUCGACAAGAUUCAUCAGUAUGUAAAGGAGCGGAUUUUAGACCCUAAAUAUGCUUGUGCCUUCCUGCUUGAUCUUUCGUCACAGCAGUCAGAUUUGGAAGAGCAGAACAAACGCAACUUGAAUGACAUCAUCCAGUUGUGUCGGCAAGGAAGGGGGCGACAAGUUUCUUCACAAACUGAUGCAAAUUCUCCCCCACAUUAUCCAGAGCUUAUGUUCCCAUAUGUGGUUCAUUCGCUUGCUCACCAUCCCUCAUUUCCUAAUAUUGACGAAUGCAAAGAUACAAAAACAUUUGAAGUUAUGUACAGGAAAUUGUAUAUGUUCAUAUCUAUGCUGGUACACGGAGAUGCAGAUGGAAAAUCUGAUGUCAGUGUUAGCAAGGACAUGGAGACUUUUUCAUUAUUGAAUUCAAUCUUUCUACGUAUCAAGUGCUCGAGAGAUGCUUUUGAUGCAGCCAAGUCCAAGAAUUCGUAUGCUCUGUGCGAUCUUGGUAUGUCAGUUGUGAAAAGGUUGGCUCCAAAACAAGACGAUCUUCAAGACUCGAGUGCAUCCAUAAACCUACCUUCUAUGCUCUAUGACCCAAUUCCAAAGAAAGAAGAAAACGACUCGCUGACUUGUGAAGAAGAGAAGACAUGGCUGGCAGAUGAUGAUAUCUUGGCCCACUUUGAAUCACUUGAAUUGGAAACCAAUGGAAUUGUUAAUUCAGUACUUGAGGAGGAUGAUAUCAUGAAGGAUAGUGAAACAGAGGGCAGCGAAAUACCAUUGGGAAAGUUGAUGAAACGACUAAAAGCUAAAGGAGCAAAGGCAAGAAAAGAGGUGAAGCAUGAGUCUACACUAGCUGGCGGGGAAAAUACAAAUGAAUUUGAUAUCUUGAAAAUGGUGAAGGAAAUAAAUUCCGACAAUCUGGAUACAGCUGUCAAGUUUAGAUCGAGUAACGGUCAUGAGUAUGUUCAAAAAAAGAAGAGAAGCAACCAUAAUCUUCAGAGGAAAACACUUUUUGAUGAAUCAACGGAUGUUCCUGUACCAAAACGUAGGAGAACAUCAUCCGCCCAAGCUAACAAGUCUCUCCGUACUAAGAGACCUGCUAAUAUAAAUCAGGAAAAUAGCAGUGUUGACUCUGAAAAAGUGGAUGAGGAGCUUCAAACUAGCGCAGAAGAUGAACCUGUGAAAGAAACAAUGGCUGAUUCUAUAGAGUCAGACUUGUUUGUUUCACGUAUUGGGAAGAAAUCCAGCUCCUCUAAGCAGAAAGGUAAACGACCUGACAGAGAUCAGACAGAGACUCUCUAUACCCCUCCUAAUGCCAAGAAGCCCAAGAAAGUUGCAGAAAUUGAUAGUACAGGCUCAUUCAUUUUUUCCAAGUCUACGUCAUUGAAAAAGCAAAAACAGAACAGUUUGACUGGUUUAGUAAAGUGCACAACAAAGGAUUCGGGAAGUUCCACCGCUGACUUAAUUGGUUGCAGAAUAAAAGUCUGGUGGCCUAUGGAUAAGGAAUUUUACGAAGGUGUGAUCAAGUCGUUUGAUACCGAGAAAAAGAAGCAUGUGAUAUUAUAUGAUGAUGGAGAUGUGGAAGUUCUUCGAUUAGAUAAGGAACGCUGGGAGCUUGUUGAUAAUGGUCGAAAAUCUGAGAAGAGAUCAAGUUUGUCAAAGGGUUUUCAUCCCAAACGAGGAUCAUCUGGGCAGAGAAGGAAAUCUGGUGUAGGCUCAGAACAAGCUCAAAAUUUGAAAGUGAAAUCUCCAUCAUCUCAAGGAAGAGGGAAAAGAAGCCCACGCAGAAGCCCAAAGAAAAGACAAAGGAGCCCGUUGAAGAGUAAAUCUUCUAGUGAAAGCAGUGGCAGCCCAGAUACCAAAAAGUCCAUAACCGAUAAUUCUGACUCAGAAACAUCAGAGAAGGAACAGAAUGAAGAGAUUGUUAACAGUAUGUCUGAUGAGGAGCUAUCAGACAAGGAGGAUAAACAAGAGGAAGACGAAGAGAAGAGUGAAGCAGAAGAGGAGACAGAGAAAGAGAAAGAGAAAGAGAAAGAGGAAGAAAGUGACUCUGAAAAUACUGAGAGUGAUAAUGAUGCUCAUGAAUCUUCGGAUAACGAAUCAGUCUCUUCUCAAGACGAGGAAGAGGUAUACGAGACCAAGGAAGAAUCUGAACAGGAAGUUGAAGAAGCAGAAGAUAUGGAUACAAACGAGAAGACCUCUGUUUCUGAUUCUGUACAAGCCGAGCUUUCUGAUGACGACGAGCUUCUGAGCACAUGGAAACAACGUGCAGGAAAAAAAUAGGCUUUGGCGAGUGAAUUUAAAGCUGCUGCACUUUUUGAUGAUUAUGGUGCAGAAUGGCGAAAUUAGUGCAAGAAGCUGAGUGUCCCCCCCAUUGAUAUUGUUGCCGAUCUGAAUAAAUUUGCGUAGAACUGCUGUAGGUCUUAGUACCAUAGAAAUAUAGCAUACAUGAUAAUAGUUGUUUGCAUUCGUAUUGUUGCAAAAGGAGUUUGUCUGCAGUGGGUUAUAGUAAUUGAUACUUUUUGUAUGUCUUAAAUUUAAGUUUAUUUGUACAGCUAUACUUGCUAUCUAGCUGGUAGCCUUUGUUGUUCAUCUCCCUGAUUUCAAUGUAUGUGAAAAAUUGGUGAUCUAUUUAAGUUUUAGUUUAUGAGUUUUGUG